GACACAGAUUCUUCUUUUUAUUAUAUUUUCUUCUACUGAACAAAAGAAAUCAAAUAGAGGCAUCAGUAGACUACUCCGACUCAGUGGUUCCGAUCAUGGCCGACGAGGCAAGAGAAACCCUUCUGGAGGAGAAAGAAGACAAUAACUGCCCACGCUGUAACAUCGAUCGACUCAAGCAAGAACAGCGAGGCAUCCCUUACAUCCACCUCUCCUUCAUCUGGCUCGUCUCUCUCUGCACCGCUCUCCCAAUAUCUUCGCUGUUUCCAUAUCUCUAUUUCAUGAUCAGAGACUUCCAUGUAGCUAAAAAAGAAGAGGAUAUUGGUUUCUAUGCUGGUUUUGUUGCAUCAUCAUUCAUGAUCGGAAGAGCUCUGACGUCUAUUCUCUGGGGGAAACUAGCUGAUCGAUAUGGUCGCAAACCUAUCAUCCUCAUUGGGACUUUCUCAGUGAUCAUAUUCAAUACCCUCUUUGGUCUAAGCACAAGCUUCUGGUUUGCUAUUUUAGUUAGAUUUCUUCUCGGCUGCGUCAAUUGUCUACUCGGAGUAAUAAGAGCAUAUGCUUCAGAAGUCGUUAGUGAAGAAUAUCACGCUCUUAGUCUUUCUGUUGUAAGUACAUCGAGAGGUAUAGGACUAAUAAUAGGCCCUGCUAUUGGAGGCUAUCUUGCUCAGCCUGCAGAGAAGUAUCCUAGUUUAUUUUCACAGGAUUCAGUGUUUGGAAGCUUUCCAUAUUUUCUGCCGAGCUUAGUUAUAUCAGUCUAUGCUACUGGGGCUCUCAUCGCAUGCUGGUGGCUGCCUGAAACACUUCAUACGCGUUGCAGAAUUGCACACAGGAGGCUUAAUCCAAAUGAACCAAACGAUGAUGGAAGUACAGAUAAAGGACUCGGUGACCAGAAUAUACAAAGUAAGCCCAGUCUCCUGAGGAAUCGUCCAUUGAUGGCUAUCAUCAUUGUGUAUUGUGUUUUUUCCCUCCAAGAGAUAGCUUAUUCAGAGAUAUUUUCACUCUGGGCUGUCAGCGACACAAGCUAUGGAGGAUUGGGCUUCUCGUCUCAAGAUGUUGGCCAAGUUUUAGCUAUAUCAGGAGUUGGGCUUCUGUUGUUUCAACUUAUGGUAUACCCCUCGAUGGAGAGGACUCUGGGACUCCUUGUGGUUAUCCGUCUUUCCGCGGUGUUGCUAAUACCGCUGCUUUCUUGUUACCCCUCUAUAGCUUCGCUUUCAGGGUUAACCCUCCAUUUGGUGAUAAAUUGUGCAUCUAUCCUGAAAAACGCCUUGUCUAUCUCUCUUGUUACAGGACUGUUUAUCUUACUCAACAAGGCGGUGCCACAGAGUCAAAGAGGUGCUGCUAAUGGAAUUUCUAUGACCGCAAUGUCUAUUUUCAAAUCAUUUGGCCCAGCCGGUGGAGGAAUCUUAUUCUCUUGGGCGCAAAAAAGACAAAUUGCGACUUUCCUUCCAGGUGAUGAGAUGGUGUUCUUUGUGCUGAAUUUGGUACAACUCGUAGGGUUAAUUCUAACUUUCAUACCGUACAUUUCCCACAACCAAUAAAAAGGGGUUCAUGAUUCUCUCCAUAGGUGAGAAAUAACAUUAUAGACUAUAAAGUGUUUAUUUAUGAUUCGGUGCCAAACGAAUGACUAACGCUACGAUGUAUGAUCAUAUCUACAGAAUAUAUUCGGAUAUGUGUUUUCUUUUUAACACCAAA